CGGCGACGCCGCCAAACGAUAAAAAUCGGUGUCGUUCGAGGAAGGUUUCGUCCCGAAAUCGGUGGUCGCUGGUCAGUGGUCACUGAUCAGCCGUCGUGCUGUCCAGGGUUGUCGUCUGGGUAGAGAUCUUGGACUUAUCUCGGGACGUCUCAGGCCGAAAUGACGGACAACGCCUCGACAGAGGCCCCCGGCCUCGCCGCCUCCCUAGGCCUCUCUGAACCGGCCCUUCGCCUCUUCAUCACCAUAAUGACGGGAUAUCCUAUUGCAUUGAUUCACCGAUUGUUCUUAUUUGGAAAGCCACCACCAGUCCAACAUGUAUUUUUCAUAUUGUGUGGUUUGUCGCUGGGAAUGUACAAUUUCGGCUUGGAAAUGCUAUAUACUCUACUGGGCCUUGUGGUUGUCUACGCUAUUCUUAAAAUGAUCGGAGGCACUGUACAUUCUGUUAUAAUCACAUUUGUAUUCACCCUUGGCUCCCUGAUAGCUGGAUAUUGGGUAACUACAACCGACAACUAUGAUAUUGUGUGGACUAUGCCUUACUGCAUCUUAACCCUCAGAUUGACCGGGUUAGCUUUCGAUAUUUAUGAUGGUUCGUUACCAGAGGAGCAGCUAUCGAAAGAUAGUAAACAGUUAGCAUUACGAGAAGUGCCAUCAUUACUUGAAAUAGCUGGCUUCACCUAUAUGCCUACUAGCUUCAUGAUCGGGCCACAGUUUCCAAUGCGAAAAUACAAAGAUUUUGUUGCUGGAAAAUUAAAACCUGCAAACCAAACAAUUCCGCAAUGUGUAAGACCAGCAAUGGAGCGGCUUUUGUUAGGGCUCAUCUACUGUUUUCUUUAUACAGCCGGCUCGAUGUAUUAUAGCCCUUCUUACCUUCAGUCUGAAAAAUUCAGGGAGCAUCACUUCUUCCAAAAAGUUUUUGAUAUUGCCAUCUGGGCCCAUGUUGCACUUUAUCAGUACAUUUGCUGUUGGCUAUUCACCGAGGGCUCUUGUAUUUUAAUUGGUUUGGGCUAUAAUGGAACCGACAAAGAGGGAAUGCCGAAAUGGAAUGGCUGUUCUAACGUGGAUGUGGUGCUCUUUGAAAAGGCGCAGAACUUCAGUCAUGAUUAUGUUGCGAGCUUCAACACCAACACAAAUUUUUGGGUUUUGCAGUACGUUUACAAAAGGUUGAAAUUCUUGGGAAACAAAAACCUCUCUCAGCUUGGGGUUUUGCUGUUCCUUUCUAUCUGGCAUGGACUACAUUCCGGUUAUUACGUGACCUUCUUUACAGAAUUCUUUGCAGUCUACAUGGAAAAAGAUUAUUUUGUGAUUCUGGAGGAAAACAAGAAAUUCCUGCAGUUCCUAAACAGACCCCUUGUUCUUCCUUUCAAGAUCGUUCUACUCAAAUUAUACACCAUCUUAUUCAUGGGUCCAUGUUUGCUACCUCUUGCACUUCUCAGCUUCUCGAAGUACUGGCCAAUCUACAAAGAGAUAUACUGUUUUCAUUUUGUAUGGUUGCUAUGGCCUCUAUACCGACCAUUGGUAGUUAUGCUCCUACCUCCGGCUCAUCAGAGAACUGAGUAAAUGAUGGUUAAUACUAAUUGGAUCUGAAAUUGUACAAUUAAAUUUAAAAAUAACAUAAUAACCAAGCGUCUUUUAUUUGGUCAAAUAAAAUCAACACAAAAAAUUA